AUGUACUUGAUUUAUAAUUAAAUUGGUGAUAAAGGUGCAUCAGGCUUAUGUUCUGGUUUAGCAAAUUGCAUUAAUCUCUCAAAUUUGACACUUAAUCUUAGUUAUAAUUAAAUUGGUGAUAAAGGUGCAUCAGGCUUAGGUUCUGGUUUAGCAAAUUGCAUUAAUCUCUCAAAUUUGACACUUAAUCUUAGUGGCAAUUAAAUUGGUGAUGAAGGUGAAUCAGGCUUAGGUUCUGGCUUAGCAAAUUGCAUUAAUCUCUCAAAUUUGACACUUAAUCUUCAUGGCAAUUAAAUUGGUGAUAAAGGUGCAUCAGGCUUAGGUUCUGGUUUAGCAAAUUGCAUUAAUCUCUCAAAUUUGACACUUUAUCUUCAUUAUAAUUAAAUUGGUGAUAAAGGUGCAUCAGGCUUAGGUUCUGGUUUAGCAAAUUGCAUUAAUCUCUCAAAUUUGACACUUUAUCUUCAUAAUAAUUAAAUUGGUGCAAUUGGUGCAUCAGGCUUAGUUUCUGGUUUAGCAAAUUGCAUUAAUCUCUCAAAUUUUGCACUUAAUCUUAGUAACAAUAAAAUUGAUGAUAAAGGUGCAUCAGGCUUAGGUUCUGGUUUAGCAAAUUGCAUUAAUCUCUCAAAUUUUACACUUAAACUUAGUGACAAUUAAAUUGAUGUAAUUGGUGCAUCAGGCUUAGGUUCUGGUUUAGCAAAUUGCAUUAAUCUCUCAAAUUUGACACUUGAUCUUAAUGACAAUUAUUUUGGUGAUAGAGGUGCAUCAGGCUUAUGUUCUGGUUUAGCAAAGUGCAUUAAUCUCUCAAAUUUGACACUUAAUCUUCGUAACAAUUAUAUUGGUGAUAAAGGUGCUUCAGGCUUAGGUUUUGGUUUAGCAAAUUGCAUUAAUCUCUCAAAUUUGACACUUGAUCUUAAUUAUAAUUAAAUUGGUGAUAAAGGUGCAUCAGGCUUAGCUUCUGGUUUAGCAAAUUGCAUUAAUCUCUCAAAUUUGACACUUAAAUUUCGCAAAAUGAAUGAAUAAAAAUUCAAAAGCAAGUGUCUUAAAUCAAAAAGAUUAGUUGUCUUUAAAUGGUGA